CGCCGGUUGAACUCGGCUCAGUGUUUCUUGAAUUUAACAAGUGUGUGUUGUGAUUAAAGAAAAUAAUGUCCGCAUCACCAAUUUCAAGGGCGACGCAUAGCCAGACGAUCCCGACUAGGCGUGUCCAUAUAACGGACCCUUCACAAAUGCCAGAUGUCUACUCCAGCACUCCUGGAGGCACCAUUUACUCGACAACGCCAGGAGGUACCAGGAUUGUUUAUGAGAGGUCAUUUAUGAUGUCACUAAGCCAGUCACCGAUCUCAAAAACACCACCGAAAUGUGCACUGCCAGUGUCGAUGCUGAAGAAUCCUUCGGGACCUAUUGCCCACCUACAGACGUCUUCUCAUAAGCCUCGCUCGAAUUCCAUCUCCUUUGACGAAUCACAGGAGACAUUCUCUAUGGAUCUCUAAAUAGGUUAAGGUUAUUCAACUUGUGCAAAAUGAUCUGUGACGGGAAAUAAUGACACAGAAAUGUAUUGUCGCGUAGGCUUAUUUUUUAUAUUAGAGCUAAGUCAAAAAAUCGCAAAUCUCUAGUCACCUAAUAAAUGUUGAGUAUAUAAUUUAAAAGAUAAUAAUUUGAUAGAGUUACAAAUAUUUGUACCUCUAUGGAUAGUUUGACGGGGAGGGUGAUAAAAUUCACAAAUAUAGCAUUUUCUCGACUGAUUUGAAUUUUGACUUAAGCAUAGAUUUUAUGUAUUUUUAGGAUUCUUAAGGACCAUGUUAUAACUACGGUUAUGUAAAUGCGUUUUAAAAACGCAGCCCUUUGAAAAAAAAAGUAUAAAACAUAAAAGCCACAUUUAAAAAAAAUAUAAUUCUUUAUGGAAUGGCUGAAUGCGUUCUAAAUAAAAAAAAAAACAAAGGGUAUUGUGUUAUGAGUGUAGUAUGUUUUAUCGUGCAAA